AUGUCAAGCUCAUAUCAACAUCAUCAAGUCAUCUUCAACUCUUCGUCGAGCUGCCGAAAACAUCAAUACAAAACACACAGCUGCUGGAAGAAGAACAAAGUACUCCCCUGGGACUUGCUUGUUCCUCGGGAUACUUUGGGCCUAGUUCUCGCUAACUCAGACAAAGGGGCAACAAAGUCUUCAUUCAUCACUCUAUGGCAAUCCAAGAAUCAACAAGCCCGGAUGAGCCUUCGGACGAAAAAGACCCCAACAGCCGUCUAA